AUGAAUUUUUGCCCUCCUCUCCAAGUGUGUUCUUCUUUUGAAUAUUUCUUCUUUUUUGUUCGUCCAUUCCUUCCUCUUAUCUUUCCUUCCUUCCUUCCUUCCUUCCUUCCUUCCUUCCUUCCUUCCUUCCCUUUUCCGUUUUCUUCCUCCCUCCCUUCUUUCUUCCUUCGUUUUUUCCCUUCCUUCCUUCCUUUCCUUCGGUCGUUUUUUCCUUCCUUCCUUCCUUCAUUCCUUCCUUCCUUCCUUCCUUCCUUCGUUUUUUUUUCCUCCUUGCUUCUUUCCUGCGAUCGUUCUUUUCUCCUUCCUUCUUUCGGUCGUUUUUCGUCCUUCCUUCAUUUUUUUCCUCUGCUUCCUUCCACCCUUCCUUUCUUCGUCGUUAUUCCUCCUUCCUUCCUUCCUUCCUUCCUUCCUUCCUUCCUUCCUUCCUUCAUCCUUCAUUCCUUCAUUCAUUCACCCAGUUAUUCAUUGGUACAAUCAUUAGUGCAGUUGUUCAGGCCUCUUCUUUAUAAUUUUACUCGUUUUUGCUUUCCUUUUAUUUUCUUAACAUAUUCUAAUAUUUUUCCUUUACAUCACAUAAUUGUUUUCAUUUUUCUUCAUACAACUUUCUUUUCUUCUUUCUUCUUCUUCUUCCGCCAUUGUCCAAUCAUGUCCACGUAUUUAUUUUUGACGUCAUUUAAUGCCAAUUGUUCCCUUUACAUAAAGAUCUUCGUUUUCUUUUCAGACGCCGCGUCUCUUCCUGGCUGCUCAUUUAUUUUUUCUAAUAACAACAGAAAUCGCAAUAAAUGGAAAAAAGUUUUAUCUAUCUAUCUAUCUAUCUAUCUAUCUAUCUAUCUAUCUAUCUAUCUAUAA